AAAAAACUGCAUUACAAACGUGUUACAGUAGAAUUAACACAUUGAUACAGUAAUUCAAGGGUACUCUAAGUGGUACAGUUUACCAGAACCGAUUGACAAAUUCUCACGUUACUUCUAAAUUUGGUGAUUGUGUAUUUAUAAUGUUUAAUUUGCGUAUUAUAUACCUACACCGACUUACAUAAUUAAUGUUACUGCAUUCGUUACAUCACCAUCUUAAGAGUGGAGAUUUGUUUAUAGCAAAAGUAUUUAGUUUUAGUGUUGGAUCAACCUCAAAUGAAGCCGUCCUUCUUGGCGGUUGUUGGUAUAAUAAUUUUAUCAGUGAAGUGCGUUACGGCAGACCGCAACGAAACUACAGAACUAUUGAAUGCAGUUGGCAACUUUUUAAAAACGGUGAGGGCUCGAUUGGCUCACGUAUCCGCCCUUGGACUUGACGCGGGUAUUGUGUCUACCGGAGAAAUUGCGACACGAUUUAAGGAAAGCAUCAAGGCAAUAUUUCCAGGCACGCUCUGGUGUGGUGAUGGAACAAUUGCAAAAAAAUCGGAUGAGUUAGGAUAUUUCAAAUUAGCCGAUGCGUGCUGCAGGGAGCACGAUAAUUGCAGCGACAUAAUUCUAGGGGGUGAGAGUAGGAACGGGCUAAGAAAUCCCGGUUUAUUCACCAGGUCAAACUGCGCCUGUGACGACAAAUUUCGCAAAUGCCUCAAAGCCACCGACUCGAUAAUAUCGAACAAUAUCGGCUUCACCUACUUCACGAUACUGGGACCUCAAUGCUUCAAAUUCGAAUAUCCCAAGGUGAAGUGCGAGAAGAGGCUAUGGUUCAGAUGUGCAACCUACAAGCUGAAUUUCACAGGAAACCCAUUGUAUCAAUGGUUCGAUAAUCAAUAUUACUAAAGUUAAUUAUCGCCGGUUUCAAAGUCACCAAACCGUAACCUCAUUAUGGUCAAUUACAUGCAAAUAUAUGGGUUGUAAAUGUUUCAUAACAAGCUGGAUAGUCUGCAAUUGGGGUCAUCGAGAAAUUUAUUAUUUAGCCAUUACGUACAAUACAGACCUACAUUCCAAUCUUGCAAUAUCUGUUGUAGUCCACGGAAAAAAAACAAAGAACGAGUUCUUCUUUCUUAAAAAGGAAGUGAAGGUGAACUCUCGUUGCUGUACAGUAGAUAUUUAUUUAUUGUUUAACCCACGUUGGGAAUUAUAUUUAUUGAAUAAUAAAUUCCAAUGUAUAUAG